GUAUACACACACAUCCCUGACAGGAUUCGCGGUGGCAGACAGUAGCGGAGGAAGUGCGGCUAGAUGUCAGAGGAUCACAGGAAAACACUGCAAUAAUCCCUAAAUGUGAUGAAAAUAUUGGACAUUUAAAACAAAAAUCUCCAGGAUACUCUGACACACAGAGGGAACAAACACCAUUCAACAUAUUUUUGGAAUUUGGAAUUUUAUUUCCUAUCCUAAAGGUGUGUGUAAAGAUGUUGCCACAUUGCUCACUCCUGCUGCUGCUAUGCAUAGUCCAGCUUCUCUCCCCCUCUUCUGCUCUGCCUUUUGAGCAGAAAGGCUUCUGGGAUUUUGCCAUGGACAGUAUGGACAGUGAUGGGAUGAUGACGAUGAUGAGGGAUGAGGAGGAUGGCUCGGCCUUCCCGCCCCCUGAAUUACCCACAUGCCCCUUCGGCUGUCAGUGUCGGCUCAGGGUCGUCCAGUGCUCUGACCUCGGUAUGACUGAGGUGCCAAAGAAUAUUCCUCGGGACACCAAGUUCCUGGACCUUCAGAACAACCAUAUCACUGAGCUUAAAGAGGAUGACUUCAAAGGCCUUACUAACUUAUAUGGUUUGUCUCUGAGGAAUAACCUUAUUUCCAAAGUCCACCCCAAAACAUUUGCCCCUCUGAAGCACAUGCAGAAGCUUUACUUCUCCAAGAAUCUGCUGACCACUAUCCCCAAGAACUUGCCCUCCUCCCUGGUUGAGAUGAGGAUCCACGAGAACCGCAUCAAGAAGGUGGCAGCUGGAGCCUUCUCAGGACUGGUCAACAUGAACUGCAUAGAGAUGGGAGCAAACCCGCUUCAGAACAGUGGCUUUGAGCCUGGAGCCUUCAAGGGACUGAAACUGAAUUAUCUGCGUAUAUCAGAGGCCAAACUGACUGGCGUGCCAAAAGACCUCCCAGACAGUCUCCAUGAGCUUCAUCUGGACCAAAACCAGAUCCAGGCUGUGGAAUUGGAAGACCUGAAACGCUACAAAAACCUGUACAGGUUGGGCCUUGGUUUUAAUCACAUCCGUAACAUAGAGAAUGGCAGUCUGUCCUACCUCCCCAUGCUGAGAGAGCUGCAUCUGGACAACAACCGGCUCACUCGUGUUCCCAAAGGCCUCCCAGAUAUGAAAUACCUACAGGUGGUGUACCUCCAUUCCAACAACAUCAGCCAGGUGGGUGUGGAUGACUUCUGCCCUCGAGGAUUUGGGAUGAAGAGGACUUUCUAUAAUGGCAUCAGCCUGUUUGCUAACCCCGUCAAGUACUGGGAGGUGCAGCCUGCGACAUUUCGCUGUGUCAGUGAUCGGCUGGCCAUUCAGUUCGGCAACUACAAAAAGUAAAGACAGGGAGGUGCUGAGAGAUGGAGAGAGUGAGUAGGUGAUGGAGGAAGGGAAGAUAAUUUAAAUAAUGAAAACACUUGAGACAGAGGAAACGGAGAUAACAUUUCAGAAACUAUAAUUUUUUUAUUAUAGAUAUUUUUUGGAGCAAGAAGGUGAAUGAUGGAGAAGAUUGGCAAUAAACUGACAGGACAGAAAGAGAAGUGAAAAAUACAGUAACAGAACUUGAAGGGAAUGAAAAACAAAGUGCUUGCAUUACAUCAUCUGAGUCUUUGCAUUUUUGAAUUUAAGGUUUUACACUUUUGUCAUUUGAAAAGGAUGAAACAGAGGAGACUGUUUCUAAAUUGAUGGACAAUGAGUACUGAAAACUUGUGAAGCAUUAAUUCCAUUUGUUAUACAGUGCUUAUUGUGAUUGAGAUAAUUUUUGUCUUUUUAACAUUUUGGUUUAGAUUACAAAUAAGAAAAAAUAGAAACUCAAUGCAUUGUAGACUUUUAUAUAGAUGAAAAGGUGCUUGACUUUCUGUUUGUGCUGAUUUGGGAGAUCCAUCACAUUGUCCCUGUUUCACUGGUCUGAAGCUGUUUAGCUCAUAUGUGAUGAAAUUAGACUAUUAAUAAACAACUAGUGACAGAAUUGGGGCUGUUUUUCACCAUAUACAAACACAAAAAGUUUAUUACCUGUUCAACAACAUGUUUGCAUAUAUCACGGCUAGUUAGUUGAUUCAAAGGGCAAACUUUAAAACUUACCUCAUCAGAGCAGAAUUUCUUAUUUAUCUGAGGUAACUGAACCAGCAGUGUGCCUGAGUAAUGAAUCUAUUUUGUGCCUUUACUAAGCAGAGUCUGCAUGAUAUCCUGAUACAGUAUUCCUUGAGGGGACACUGAAGUAUAGGGGGUUUGCCCCCAGAGAGAGAAAACACACACAUUCGCUUUGCUUUGAGGGCAGUGUGGUCACAUAGUGCUACCAAAAUAGUAGUGUUGAUGCAUUAUUUUGCACAGUUUUUAUGUUAUGCUUUAUCUGCUUUAGGGUUAUUUGGGGGUUGGAGGGUGGGGUGUGGUUGGCCUGUUUACAUUGGUAGACCUGUGUGGAACUACUUUAGCCAUAAGUAUCUGUCUCUGUUCUGUAAUCUGAUGAGCUACUGCUGCAUGUGAAUAAAGAUAUUUUUAGCCUACUGCAUUAAGCCAGAGAACAACUGUUGCCCCUGAGUUGGAUGCUGUGUGAAAAAUAAA